GAACAAUUCAGAUGAGCUGGGCCUUCACCGCUAAGCUGACGGCGUCGGGCAAGCAUUAGCCCGGUCUGACCAAACGUGGCGCGGAAUGGUGAAUGACGUACGGCCGAGACGCGUCAAGACAAUCCGCGAGAUUUACUGACGUCCAGGACAUAUCUCAAGGAUCCGACACAUCGAUAUAAACCCGUCUAUCAUGGAUAAAACUGCGCUGGUCCAUUUUCCCCCACUGCAACCGUACACGCUGCUGUCUCCUGCGCCUUCACUUCCCCGCUCGUCGUCAGAAGAUGCGCCUCCAGUCCGCCGUGUUACGCCGCGGCGCAGACCAAUACCGCGAAAGGGACAUACGAAAUCGAGACGAGGCUGUCUUAAUUGCAAGCGGAGAAAGGUGAAAUGCCAGGAGACUCUGCCGGGUUGCGGCCAUUGCGAACGCCUUGGCCUGGCGUGUGAAUACCCGAGUAAUACAGACUCCGCUCUAGCUAUGCCGGCCCCUGCAAUGGCACUUCAGGCGACACCGACUCAGUUCACAAUGGAGGACUUGCGUCUUUUUCAGCAUUUCAUAUUCCAUGCCUAUCCUCCGCUACCGCUGAAAGGAGACUCAGUUUGGCGGGAGGUUGCGGCCCUCUCGCACAGUUUCGACUUCUUGAUCCACGCAAUGCUUGGGCUGGCCGCAUCCCACUUGUCUCUGGGCACCAACGCCGACUACACCUCUCAAGCACUAACUCACCGCGUCUACGCAAUCGGAUCUUUGAAUCAGGCCCUGAACACGCCCUGUGCGACAAAGGCCGAGGGAGAUGCUCGAUUUGCUACCAUGAUGGCUCUUACGUUCCAGGCGUCAUAUAUGCCCGAAGGCAUGCAAGAGUUUCUAUCCAUGAUCCGUGGUUGCAUCGUGGUUUCCGAUACUGCUAUGCCUUAUUUCACCGAGUCUGUCUUCCAUACCUUUUCGCCAGAGAGGCACGAACAGAGUGUACACGAGCUCAACCAGGAACCGUCUCAUCAUGGACAGAAUGCCGACAUUUUCAAGGAUGCUUUAAUCUCAAGUAGAGCAUUGGGUCCGCUGUGUCGCGGCGUCCUGGAAGUCCGGUAUCUUGGCAUCAUUGAACGGAUACUAAAAGCAACCCAGCGAUCAGACGUGGAUGCAUACAUAGAAGUAUCUGCCGCUUAUCGGGUGCUUGGCGAAGGAAGCGCCCCCGAGUUUGACCUGUUCAUCGACGCCUCGAACUAUACCGCACAGAUUAUCAUGAUGCAUUUUUUCAUCAUAGAGUAUGUUGUCGGGCUCAACGCCUUGACGCCAGUCAUGGACUCAUUUCCGUUCCGGAGGGCAAUGAUCUCGUCUUGGAUACUGGAACUCGAACAAAAGCUACCAGUGGAGUACAAGCAGUACAUGCGUUGGCCAAUGGACUUUGCUCAAUGCAGGGAUGUGGAACAGUCACGGUUUGUUGAAGUCGUGGACGGAUGAUCGGCACACAAUCAAGUCAUUUACCUCCGGAAUUUCAACUCCAUCUUAAAUCCCAACACGUCACGGGGAGCAUUCAUCCCGGUUUCGGAUCAUAGCUCGUGUUGAAGCGACUCCAUCUGACUCUCACCGACAGAAACAAUGUAAACAGAACAGACAACGGCCUGCUCUCCGG